AUGAAGACAGUUUACUUAGCUGCUGUUGUUAGUUGUUUGGGUAUGAUGUCGUACGGUCAGUUCUUCGGUUGGCCGUCACCAUCUUUGCCUUUACUUCUGCAACCAGGGAACCCCGUGCACGUGACAUCGCAAGAGGGUACAUGGGUCACCUCUUGUCAAGCCUUGGGUGCAAUUUUUGGUGCAAUACUAUGUACGUACAUCAUUAACAUAAUCGGCAGGAAGUGGACUGUGCUCCUUACAGCGGUACCAGCUAUAACCGGAUGGCUGUUGAUCGCUUUCGCUUCAUCAGUCUGGGAAUUAUACGUAGGAAGAUUCAUUUGUGGAAUAAGCAGCGGUUCCGGCUACGUGUCCGUUGUGAUGUAUAUGGGAGAAAUUUCGCCAGCGAGGAUACGUGGGAUCUUGACCUCUGCGUUGACUGUCGCGGUGAAAAUCGGUUUGCUCAUCGAAUGGAUCAUAGGUCCGUUCCUAUCCACACGGAAUCUGGCGCUGGUGUCAAUGUCGUUGCCGAUAGUGUUCGUGCUUAGCAUCGUUUGGUUACCAGAGUCCCCGUACCACCUGAUGCGUCGCGGGAAACACCAGGAGGCGAUACAGACCCUGGCGCGAAUAAGGGGUACCAUGAACGUUUCCGUGGAAGCAGAGAACAUGGAGAAAUCCGUGAAAAUUGAUUUGGAGAACGACACCGGGCUGAGGGAGCUGUUGACCGUUUCGGGGAAUCGCAAAGCCUUGACGGUGGUCGUCUGCUUGGCGGUGAUCCAACAGUGGAGCGGCAGCAUGGCCAUAAUCUCGUACGCUGAGUUGACUUUCACCGCAACGGGCAAUAACUUCGAGGGCAAAUACAUAACAAUGAUGCUGGGUGCCGUACAGGUUGUUUCCGCUAUGUUUAGCACCGUCGUGGUGGACAGUUUUGGCCGUCGAACCUUGCUGAUCUUUUCAACAUUCGGGACCUCCAUGUCGACCAUGUUGGUGGGCUUGUUCUUUUACCUUCAACACCGUCAGAUGGAUGUCGACUCGAUCGUUUGGUUGCCGGCGAUCGGUACGCUAUCGUACAUAAUCACGUAUGCCGUUGGAUUGGCCGGGAUUCCGUUCACCAUGAUCAGCGAGGUCUUUCCGACGAACGUGAAAGCUCUCGGCAGUACGAUCGGUAUAAUGUGCUGUAAUCUGUUCGGUUUUUUCGUGACUGUUUGCUUCCCAAGUAUCGUCGAGGCGUUCGGCAGGUACGCGUCGUUUUGGCUGUUCUCCGGUAUUACUCUGAUGGGCAUGGUCUUCGUGUACUGUUACGUGCCCGAGACCAGGGGGAAAACGUUGCAGGAAGUGCAGGACCAGUUGCAUGGACGAAAAUUGUUUUAAUACUC